AUGUCAGUCAUUUACUGCCUUUUAUUUUUCCAAUCAUUACAGGAACUUCUGUCAUUAACCAGCUUAGUAGUUUGGACUUUUGUGGUGGUUGCCAUUGUUCUUUUGAAAUUAUAUUGCUGUGAUAUUCAUAAAGGUGAGAUGAAAAGGUACUGACUGCUUUUAGGUCUUACAGUGAGUGUUCUCAUAAAACAAUAAUUGUAGGCCAAGACACUGAAUAAUUUAAUUUUUGGUGUGACUACCCCCCUGGGUGGGAUGCCAUUUCAUUGCAAGGUAACCCCUCUCUUGCAUUCCAACAGACUUCCUUGACAAUACACUGUUACCCAUUUAUGCUAAUGAGUGAAGAGAGGUACAGCACAAUGACCCUGCAAGGUUGCAAACCCAGACUCUUUAAUCUGGAGUCCAAUACACUAAACAUAAAGCCACAGCCUCUCCUACAUGGAGCACUGUUCAGACUGUGAAAGGAUCAAGUCAGACUGUAAGCCACAGGACCAAGUAACAGCUCAUUAGCAUGAAGAAAUUAGGGCUAGGAUUAGGGGACUCUCAAUCCCCCUCGCCUAUGAUAGGAUGCUUGUCUAUCCUAUGUUAUCUCCAACCCAGCAUUUCAUCAUUCACAGUUUGCUGGUACCCUAUUUUACUCAAGGGGGGGAGGGGAAGGAGGGAGAAAGGACCUGCAGAUGAACUUGCCUAACCAUAAAAAGCCUCAUGAAUUUAUCUUGCAGUUCCUUGAGCAUGCCAGAAGGAAUUGGGGACACAUGCAUCCUUAUUUGGACUAAACUUGUUUGAUCAAGGUGUCAAAAGACUGCACCUGUUCUUUUUCAUUUUUCCAAAAAAAUACCUUGACAAAUGGCCAUAUGUCUUGAUCUCACACUUGGUCAACGAUGAGCAAUAUUUCAACCACUCUAUUCUUUUUGUAGAAUCUGUUUUAAUUGUCAAAGAUCUUGGAAUUCAGUAUACCAAAUCAUGUGUCCUUGGGCUACAGACAAGUCAAUUUAUUGAACAUCAUAAAAUUGUGGAUGUGCUUAUCAAUGAAGUCAUAACUAUGGUAUGUCUUGUGCCUGAUAAAUGCAACACUGAUUGUUGCAGUCUUGCCAGGAAUUAAUGCAAAGGAUUGUUUUUAGAGUGUAUCUACUGACACCAAGGCUGUGCAGGAAACCAAUCAUAGCUUUAUUUAAACAAUAGCCUCCACUUGGCUCAAAUGUAUGCUCAGAUAUUUGUCCGCCCAUUAGCAUGGGCUGUCUGACAAGUGAACUCAUCGUUCUAAGACGUUUUCAAGGAUGGAAUUUAAAUAUUGUUUUUUAAGUAAAAUUCCCCCUGUUAUACUUCAAUCCAUGAACACGCCACCAGCAUGCGCAAUGGGAUUAUGAAGCACACUUGGAAAAACCUUCUAAAAUUUGAUUGUACAAGAUUUUUCGGAUCAAUAUCAGAAUCUGGGCAACUGCCCACCUACCCCUCCCUAACCCAACAUUAAUCUUAAUUUGCUGUCAAUUGACUGUUGUUGAGUUAGGGGAUGGGUAGGUGGGCAGUUGCCCAGAUACUGAUAUUGAUCUGAUUUUUCUACUUUUGUUUUAAAAUAUUUUGAUCCAUCUGGAGGCAAAAAUAGUCUGUUAACACACCUCCAAGUGCUAUCAACAUACCUUCACUACUGAGAUUAUUUCAAUUACUGCUAACACUAUGAUGCAUUUCAUAGCAUUUUUUAUUAAUUUGAGGGAAGAUUGAUGUUUUUGAUUGAUUGCCUUCCAGCACCAAGUUGUAUGUUACUUGACAUUGCUUAUUUCUGAAGGAAAACAGAAUCAACCAAGAAGAAAGCAUGAACUGCUCCCAUUAUUCAUGGUAAUUUUUCAGUCCAAUAAUUUUUAAAGAUUAAAUUUUGUUUCCCUGAAAUUACUUCAUUUAGGUUUCAAGUGUUUUCAUUCAACUGGAUAAUUCAUGACCCUUUUACUCCUACAUAACAGUUAAGGAAUAAUCAGUUAAGGAAUAAUCAAAUUUUUGUGUUGGUUAGUUAUCAUUCUCAAUUCUUCUUCUUAUUCCAGGCUACAGUACCAAAUCUAGUUACAAUCAAAUCAAUUUAUCAUGGCAUGCAGAAGAUACUUGGGACAUGAUGGAUGAAUUAAAGAUUUAAUCCUCUAGACACUUGCUACCUUUUUCACCCAUUUUUUAACUCCCAAGAAUUGAUCAUUGUCAAUUCUCCCUCGAAUGUAGCUGCUACACAGUUUUUUCUUGUGAAUGAGUAACAAGAAUUCGGUGUUAAAUCAAGAAAAUAACCUCUAUCUGAUAAGUUUGAGUGCUCUCAUUACCCUUUUGCUGGAUAAUGGAUGAAUGUUACAGGAAGAAGUUACAUGUUUUAAAAUCACUUCUAGGAGUUAAAGGGAGAAUGCAUGACAAAUUAAGUUGCCUUGCCAUAAUUGAAUUGUUGAUGUAAAUGUUUGUGGAAGCAAUUCAGGAACUUUUGAUUCUGGUAAACUUUCUCUGAGAGAGAAAUCCCUCAUGGAGUCAAU